AUGUCUCCUUUCAAACCGAUACUGUACCUACUUCUAACUGCCAUCAGUGGCAGAACGGAUGCGAAAAGUGCAUCUCAUUGGGAUGAAACAGCUGCACUUCAGCUUGCCCUCACAGGCACGGAGCCGCCGAUCCAUCGUCGGUCCAAGGUCUUCUACUACCCCUUGCCUAAGUAUUUGGAGGGUGGCAUUUUGGACUUCCAGAUCGUGGAAAGCACAGAGCCAGUGAUACUUCACCGGGUUUGGGGCGGACCAGCGAAACGCUGCGGAUAUUGGUGGACUUUACCGCAUGCCUUGGCAAUAGCGUCCCACACUGGAAAUUUGUGGUGGGCCAGGGCAACUCUGACGGUUUCCCCCAUUCAACCCUCGGAUCAAACUGAUCAACAGAAUUUUGACUUGCGGCUUCCAAUGGUUGACCGUUGUGUAGCGCACGUCCCAUCUUCGGAGCUGCAAGAUGUGGGCCACGAAAUGACUGGCCAACUGAGUGGCAGCGAUGACUUGGAGGUGCAAAUUCAGAUGCGGCCUUGGGACAGCGACGAGAGCCAAAAGAGUGCAGAAAAUGAAGCUGCAGAAGAUGAAGUCAUUCGGACAGAAACCGACCACCAGAUCCGCCAGUUGAUGCCCAAGGUGGUCAAGAGCAUUGCGCAGAUGGAUGUAACUCACCCUGAAGUCUUGAGAACCGCACGGGCACAUCAGGCUUUCCAGCACUUUGCAGCAGCACUGCGUGUUGGAUCUGAUGGAGACUUUUACUACAAGAGUCGCAAGAGUCAUAAGAUCUCAACCUUUUGGAUCUCCUUCUACAAUGGCACUGCUGCUGUGUCAUUGGGCUUGCUCACAGGUGUCCUCAUGAUGGUGCUUUUCUGUUUCGGACAGCUUCCGGGCUUUUCCUGUUGCUGGCAUGACAUCAGAUGGUCCACCUGGUCACUUUGUUCGGGGCUUCUGGUCACCAGUUUGGUGGCCAUGUUUUGGCGACCGCAGACACAAGUCUUCUUCGACCGAAUUUGCGUCAGCCAGGUAGAGAAUGACUUGAAAACUCAGGCCAUUUUUAGCUUGGCGGGGCUGCUGAAAAGUUCCGACCAAAUGCUAAUCCUCUGGGACCCAACAUGGACACAGCGAUUGUGGUGUUUGUUCGAACUGGCCGCCUUUUUGCAAAGCCGUAAGACACGGAAACAAGCCUUGAUUGUCAGGUUGCUUUUCAUGGACCUUACUGCCAGCUUUGUGCCCAUGUCAUUCCAAGAACAAGAACUUGAGUUCUGGCAGCGGCACCGCCAUGCUACAUCCAUUUUCAUUCAAGGCGGUAUCCUGAGCCUUUCAAUUUGUAAUUGUUUGCUGGCAGCGAUGUUGAAGGCCCUAUUGAAGAGGUCCCAGGAAAUGUUCAAAGGGUUGAAUGUUGAGAUGCGUGCCCAAAGAUGCUGUGGUCAGAUUGGAAUGGGUCAAGAAGGUGCUGUGCACAGCGCCAGCGGAAGCGCUAUCAGCCGCGGUGCCAAAGGGCAGCUCAGCCUGAGGUGGCCUCGUGCGUUUGGUGCCCGCACGGAAGGCAAAGGUUUGGCUUUGCGGCUGACAUUCAGCAGCUACAUGCCGAGCGGCGAGCAGCGGCAAAGGUCGAAUUAUGCAGAUGUGAAGCCUCAAGACUCAAUGACUACCGAUGCGGCCCCAAUUCUUCCGGAGAAGCUCCGAAAGGCUGAGCCACAGCAGCUGUGCGACGCCCUGCGGCAUGCCUAUGAGAAGAAUCCAGAAGAAAUGCCAGAGGUCGUAGAGGCUGUCCUGCAAUACGCAGAAGCUAAGAAGACCAAGUCCGAGCCAAUGAAGGUGAUUGAUGACCUUUGUGGCCGCUGGGAAGCUGUUUGGAGUGGCGCUUUCACCCCGCUCAAUCGUUUGGGGGUGCCAAGACAAUCACUGUGGGUUGAGGUGACCGCUGGAAAAGAUGGGGAGCCUCCUGUGGCAACGGCGCAUAGCGGGUUGCCCCUGGUAUUAUUUGGUGCUUAUUUGUGGACCUCCUGUGCUGGAGAUUUGCUGGAUGUGGAAAGCUCUGGGGGAAACCAGGUGCUUAUCAAAUUCACAAGAUACUGGAUAGACAUUGGUCCAGAGCCAAGAUCAGACAUUGGUCGCGUGGAUGGUGGCUUCAUCAAUAGCCGCCUUGCAGCUUUCGGUGCCGCCUUGGUGACGCCGGUGCUGUUGGAAUUUGGCGCCUUGAAGUGGCUGCUGGAACGCUUUGGCUUCGAACGCGUCUUCGAAGUGGAGGUUCCAAGUCCUGAAGCUCCCGAGAAGAAGGUGAAGUUACAGGCAUCCCUGGAGCUUUACCUGACCUUGCUGGCCCGUGUGGCAUUUCCUGAUAGCCUGUCCACCUGUCCCAUUCCCUUUCUGGAUGUGAAGGAAGGCCUCUGCGUGUACGAGAUUCCAAUGCUGGGUCCUUUGGGCGAUUUGCCACUUCACCCGGGUGGCAACAGCGCUACGCUGGUGGCGCGAAAGCUCUCGGAUGAUGAGCCUGUGCUGUUGAUGCGCUGA